GUUUACAGCUCGGCUGGAUGCUGAUGUUGUUGGGAAAGUGUAAUGUUGGGCCACCCGCCAUUGGAAUAAAUAUAACAGUGGGAAUACAGGGGAUUUUGCUCAUCAUCUCCCACCACUUCCUCCUCCCGUCUUCCAUUCAUGAGCAGCGUGGCUGAGUUUAUACAGCGGCAGCCAUGGAUGACAAGGGCUCGGUGGGGAAGAUAAGCGUGUCUUCGGACUCAGUGUCCACCCUCAACAGUGAGGACUUUGUCCUUGUGUCCCGGCUGGGGGACGAGACACCCUCCUCCACUAAUAAUGGUAGUGAUGACGAAAAGACAGGACUGAAGGUGAUUUCUGAGGAAGGGGUCAGCUUUAAGAUUGUGGGAAAUGGAAGUGAGCAGCAGCUCCAGAGGGAGUUAGAGGAUGUCCUCAUGGAACCAUCUGUAGCUGACGCUGGACUCGGAUCAGAAGCAGGGAUGGACAACCUCGGUGUUGGUGACCAUGUCCUCCUGCCCACUACUGCAUCGCCUGUUCCUCUGGGUACAGACCCUCUGAGCGCACCGACGCCAACUAAGCUUGAGAUGGUGCUUCCUGUUCAGACGGCUCAGGAGAGUGAGCUGAAUGAGAGGUCGUACCGAGGGGAUGAAUCAUCAUCAGAGGGCAGUCCUUGCAGCCCCAUCCCAGAUGAGGACAGCGUUGUGUUCAGCCAGCUGACAUAUCUUGGGUGUGCCUCGGUCAACGCCCCCCGCAGCGAGGUGGAAGCCCUCCGUAUGAUGAGCAUCCUCAGAGGGCAGUGCCAACUCCCCCUGGAUGUCACACUGUCUGUGCCAGGCGUUUCUGAAGGCACCGUCAGGUUGCUGGACCCUCAUGCCAAUACAGAGAUCGCCAACUACCCGAUCUAUAAGAUUCUGUUCUGUGUGCGGGGCCAUGACGGCACAGCAGAGAGCGACUGCUUUGCCUUCACUGAGAGCCACUACAACGCUGAGAUCUUCAGGAUCCACGUGUUCCGCUGCCAAAUCCAAGAAGCGGUCAGUAGGAUACUGUACAGCUUCGCCACAGCAUUUCGGAGGUCAGCUAAGAAGGCAGUCCUGUCAUCUCAGCAGGCUGCCCCGCUCACACCUGACAGCGAUUUGUUUACCUUUACUGUCAGCCUGGAAAUCAAGGAGGAUGAUGGGAAGGGCACUUUCAGUGCUGUAGCGAAGGACAAGGACAAGCAGAGCUUCAAGCUGCGUGCAGGAAUGGACAAGAAAAUAGUCAUUUAUGUGCAGCAGACCUCCAAUAAGGAACUGGCUAUUGAGAGGUGUUUUGGUCUGCUGCUCAGCCCUGGGAAAAAUGUCAAGAACAGUGACAUGCACCUGCUAGACCUGGAGUCAAUGGGAAAGAGCUCCGAUGGGAAGUCUUACAUCAUCACAGGAAGUUGGAACCCCAACACGCCUCAGUUCCAGGCUGUGAACGAGGAAACGCCCAAAGAUAAGUUCAUGUACAUGACGACAGCAGUGGACCUUGUGAUUACAGAGGUGGAAGAGCCGGUGCGUUUUCUGCUGGAGACGAGGGUCAGGGUGUGCGCCCCAAACGACAGGCUCUUUUGGCCUUUCAGCAAACGCAACUACACUGAGACCUUCUACCUUAAGCUACGACAGAUGGAGCGUAAGGAGCGCAAGAGUCCUGCUUCCGACACACUUUAUGAGGUUUUGAGUUUGGAAAGUGAGACCGAGAGGGAGAAACGGAAGACCACAGCGAGUCCCGGCAUCCUGCCCACAGGGCCAGGUAGCACGGUUCCUUCGCCACCUGAGGAUGAUGAAGAGGAAGAUAAUGAUGAGCCGUUGCUCAGUGGGUCUGGCGAUGUUUCCAAGGAGUGUGCAGAGAAGAUUCUGGAGACCUGGGGAGACUUAUUAUCCAAGUGGCACACAAACUUAUCGGUGCGUCCUCGGCCGCUGCCAGCACUGGUGCGGAGCGGCAUACCUGAGGCUCUGCGAGGGGAGGUGUGGCAGCUCCUGGCAGGUUGCCAUAACAAUGACCACCAGGUAGAAGAGUACCGCACUCUUAUUACAAAGGAGUCUCCUCAGGACAGUGCCAUCACAAGGGACAUCAACAGGACUUUCCCAGCUCACGACUACUUUAAAGACACUGGAGGAGACGGACAAGACUCCCUGUACAAGAUCUGCAAGGCCUACUCUGUUUACGAUGAGGAGAUUGGCUACUGCCAGGGACAAUCCUUUCUGGCUGCUGUGCUGCUGCUGCACAUGCCCGAGGAGCAAGCUUUCAGUGUCCUCGUCAAGAUCAUGUUUGAUUACGGGCUCAGGGACCUUUUCAAGCAGAACUUUGAAGAUCUGCAUUGCAAGUUUUUCCAGCUUGAGAGACUCAUGCAGGAAUAUAUACCAGACCUUUACAACCAUUUCCUGAAUGUGGGUCUGGAGGCCCAUAUGUACGCCUCUCAGUGGUUCCUCACCCUCUUCACAGCCAAGUUUCCUCUCUACAUGGUCUUCCAUAUCAUUGACCUGCUACUGUGUGAGGGCAUCAGUGUGAUCUUCAAUGUGGCUUUGGCACUUCUGAAGACAUCAAAAGACGAUUUGAUCCAAACAGACUUUGAGGGUGCUCUCAAGUUCUUUCGUGUCCCGGUUCCGAAGAGGUAUCGUUCUGAGGAAAAUGCAAAGAAGCUGAUGGAGCUGGCCUGUAGCAUAAAGAUCAGCCAGAAGAAGCUGAAGAAAUUUGAGAAGGAGUACCAAACGCUAAAGGAGCAGCAGGAACAACAGGAGGCGCCCAUCGAGAGAUACGAGCGGGAGAACCGUCGAUUGCAGGAGGCUAACAUGCGUCUGGAGCAGGAAAAUGACGACCUGGCACAUGAACUCGUCAGCAGCAAGAUAGCCCUGCGCAAAGACCUUGACAACGCUGAGGAGAAGGCAGACGCCCUGAAUAAAGAGUUACUGCUGACCAAACAGAAGCUGGUGGACUCUGAGGACGAGAAGAGACGACUGGAGGAAGAGUCCGCACAGCUGAAGGAGAUGUGCAGACGAGAGCUCGAUAAGUCUGAAUCAGAGAUAAAGAAGAACGGCUCCAUCAUUGGAGAAUAUAAGCAGAUCUGCUCCCAGCUGAGCGAACGACUGGAGAAACAACAGACGGCCAACCGAGGAGAACUGGAGAAAAUCAGGUCCAAAGUGGAGGGAUGUGAGAAGUGCAGCAGUCUUUUCAACAAAGAGGGUCGUGUGCGGGCCGCUGUGACCUCGGCGCCCGCUGGGGGGGCGGAGGAGACGGAUGAGGAGAAGGAGGGCUUGAAGAACCAGCUGAGGGAGAUGGAGCUGGAACUAGCCCAGACCAAACUGCAGCUGGUGGAGGCUGAGUGCAAAAUCCAGGAUCUCGAGCACCACCUGGGUCUGGCCCUGAACGAAGUGCAGGCAGCCAAGAAGACUUGGUUCAACCGAACGCUGAGCUCCAUCAAGACUGUCACCGGGACCCAGGGAAAGGAGACCACCUAACCUGAUGAACCCCGUUGUCCAGUUUUACCCCCCUGAUCAUACCUGGAUGUUCACACUGAAACCUCUGGACGUCUAACCUAACACAGCGGGCCAUGAACUUUAACUCAAACACUGACCGUUAAACCCCAGGAUGACCAUAACUACAGACUGUGUUUGUCUUCUUAAAAUGUGUCCUGAUGUUUCCCUGAUCUAAUCAGCGCAAUUUAUUUCUUCUCUUCUCCAACCCCAAUGACUACAGCGGCCUGUGCUGAUGAGUAGGGGUUGGAAAAAAAAAAAACCACAGUGGAAGUACGACGGUACCACUUCCCCCAGAGGAACAAUGUGCUUCCACUGGUCACAGAAAGUAAAGCAUUAAAAAAAAAAAAGAAGCUUCAUUUAUCUCUGUCUUUGUACUGCUGAUGUAAAAGCCCAGCAGAAGGAAGGUAGGACCUCUGAACUGUGUCUGUCCUGACGGGAUAGAGAAGAAAACACUCCGUCCUUCCUUACUUUUCUGCGCGCUGCCCUCUAAACUACUGGCACAAACCGACCAGUCCCUGUACAACGUUUGUUUUAGGUACGAGAGCUAAUAGACGCCUUUUCAAAACUGAGCUUUUUCUAAUUUACGUUGAACAAUACCUUUUUUUUUUUUCUUUUUUUUUCUAUGUAUGUACAUGAAUGUGCUUAUGUAAAGAGGAUACGUGAGUGUACGUGUGCAUGUUUUCUUGUUUUGUUUUGACUGUGUGAGUGUACAAAUGUGAAUGACUGCAUAAAUAACUGAAGAAACGUUCAAAUGUGUGUAUAGAAGGAAAGAGGGCGAGAGCGUCUGGAAGUCCAAGGGAAAGAAAAAAAAAGCACUAAGGUCAUGAGUGUGUGCAUGCAUGUAAGGGAAUUCUUCUUGGUCGUCUCCUUUAAUGUUUAAAUGUGUAUAUGAAUGAUGCUAAAGAAAAGCUUGCUGACAAAGCCUUGAUCUAGAGGUCGAUGAUGUUGAAACUAUGGGAUAUGAAUUUAUCAUUUACAGUAGGAGGUCUGAAAGCAUUAGAGCCGUUGUGAUUUACAGACUCCCCACUGAAAAACAUGCUUGAGGUUUGUUUGGUUUGGAUCUCCCAGCACAAAAAACUUAAUCAGCUCCAAACUGCACAAACUUCUGCGUGUCACGAGCAGUAUGUGUACGCAUGUUAGGAGGACACUGUCUAACCCCAGAGCGACGCAACGCUUGUUGAAAACCAUAAACACACUUGUAGGUGAAGGAAAAAUGGAAAACGCACAACGUUAAAAUUACUGCUGCACUUGAACACAUCCCUUAAAAACCUUGACCCCCCCCCUCCCCUCAGUCUCCUGGUGCCAGUUUCUCUGCCGGGUCACAUUCAAUACUUUUUAGGGCCCUCUUGUGUUGUGUUAACUUUUCACAGUCCAGCGUGACAUUUAGGAGCUCCUUUACUACUGCAAACGCACAACUACACACUGAAAUGCACUUUUUAUUACUUAAAAAGGCAGGUACAGAACAAACACUCAGCGGCCACUUCAUUAGAAACACCUGCUGGUUCGAACAGCCACCUAUGUCCUUAAACAAUGCAGACAAGGUCGGCCAAAAGCAAAACAAGCAAGAUGGUGAACUCAAGGCUUCAGAACCUGCAAGCUAAUUGAUGACAUCCCAUUGUCCCAGUGUAGAGGGAAGGCACAAGCCUUGACUUGCUGGAUCUUAGGUUUAGUUAAGAUGAUGAGGAAACCGUUGGCAGGUGUUAGCCAAAGCUAAGUGAUGUAGCAUUACAGUUUCUGUUGUCGUAUCAUAAGGGUUCUCUUGGCUAACAUUAGUGUUAUUUAACAUUCGCUGACUGCCUCAGACUACAAACAGCAUUAUUUCUAUCUAACUUCAGCUCCUUCUGUCUGCGUGACAAAGUGCACAUCACUUAAAGAUGGAUCCAACAACGUGACAUAAAGUCAUGUUUUUUUUUCUUCUGGCUGCCUGCACUCAACAACAGCAGAGCGCCUUAGGAAUGGGGUGCAACAGAACAACCAGAGAACAAGCUUCCAAAAUGUCUAAAAUAAUGGAAUUAUUGUGAAGCACAUUCGAGUGAAACCACGUCAACAUUUGAUAAAUGUAUGCCUUAAAUACAUUUAAAAAAAACAGGUGUUAAACAUUAAAGUGGCCUCUGAGUGCAUGCAAGGCUUGAAAAGUCACGCCCAUAAACGACUCAAAAGGGUAACUCUGCACCAAACGUUUGGAUCAAUAUCACCAGAGUAACACUGUCAGACUGAUGUCACAGCAGGGGGUCAAACUUGUAUGUGUUGUAAAUCAGUCCAGAGGGGAUCGGGGGUUAUAAAAAGUGCUUACUCGUGUGAGUUUGUGUGCGUGUGUGUUUCCAUUUUCAGCUGAGUAGAAAGGGGGUUCAAAUAUAUUCCAGUUAAUUCAUACUUUACUCGUCAUAUUAGAUUGUAAGAGAGAAAAACUGAAACAUCUCUAUUAGUCAGUCUAAAUAAAACUGUUGCUGUAAAUUGCAUCAAACUUGAAGGUUGAAUCUGAUUGGCUGAAAUCCACUUGCGAUGUCAGAGGUAAGGUCCUGAUGAGGUCUGACGGCCUCUCCUCUAAAGGCACUGGGUUGUAAAUAACAAACAUGAAGAAAAGGAUUAUUGAGUUUUUGUUUAUGAUUUUUCUACUCUGUAACUAUAACUAAUGUUGCCUACUUGUACCUACCUACCUGCUGCCGUGCUACAGUUUAAUCCACGACGACGUUUUCUGUUUUUAAUGUUCAUAUUUUUGCUCUGAGCUUUCUCAGUCAGACUGCUGUUUGGUUUAUUAAAUGCCAAAACGUAGCUUUGUCAUCCAACAGGAAAAGCAUUAUCAACGUGUGGGAAUUGUAAUAGUGUAGGAUGCAUUGUGUAUACUUCAUGAAUUUCAAUAUAUAAAGAUAUCAACACAGGA